UCCACAAAUCAAAUAUCAUGUGUAUAUGCCGAGUAGGCAACACUGUGAACACACGCUUGAUGCUCGCCGUUGAUGUACGAGGGUGGGGUGAGGUCAGUGACCGCCAGUCAAGGUUAGACGUUAGUCGCGCUCUUGGCACUCGGCACGGCAGUCGCGAGUUCUCUCAGUUCAUUCAUUCAUUGACAGUUUGUGACCGGACCAGUAUGAAGCGAAAGCAACAUAACCCGUCAAUUUUAGAUUUUUUUAAAAAGAAAAAGUCUACAAGUUCAAGUGUAGAUCAGCAGCAGGCCAAUACUACAUGUUCGUCCUCGUCGGAGCUAGAGCAAUCUUUCAAUACGGACCCUGCCCCUACAACAACUGGUGUGAGCUGUCUGGAGCCUAAGCCUGGACCCAGCGGCAGCAACGAAGCCCCUGCCCCUACAACAACUGGUGUGAGCUGUCUGGAGCCUAAGCCUGGACCCAGCGGCAGCAACAAAGCCCCUGCCCCUACAAAAACUGGUGUGAGCUGUUCGGAGCCAGAGCCUGGACCCAGCAAGGAAGCUUCAACCCCACGACUCGCAGCUGUUGAUGAAGAUGACAUUACUGAACUUGAUACUAGUGACAGACAACCUUUAAAUUCUGGCAUAUUUCAUCCACACACUUUUGACGUAGGUGAGUUGAAAAGAACCACUAUUGAUGACAAUUUGAAAAACCAAAUAUUGUCUAAUGUCUCCAAUGUCAAUGCCAAUGCCAACGCCAAUAUCUACACCAAUAACUGUGCCAAUGUCUAA